AUGAAGAUCAAGGAUGCCAAGAAGCCGUCUUUUCCAUGGUUUGGCAUGGACAUUGGGGGAACUUUGGUGAAACUUGCAUAUUUUGAACCUAUUGAUAUCACUGCAGAGGAGGAGCAGGAAGAAGUUGAAAGCUUGAAAAGCAUCCGCAAGUAUCUGACUUCCAAUGUAGCCUAUGGAUCCACUGGCAUUCGAGAUGUCCACCUUGAGCUGAAAGACUUAACGAUUUUUGCUCGAAGAGGAAACUUGCACUUUAUUCGUUUCCCAACGCAUGAUUUGCCUACUUUUAUCCAAAUGGGAAGAAAUAAAAACUUUUCAACACUACACACGGUGCUCUGUGCCACCGGUGGUGGUGCUUACAAGUUUGAAGAAGACUUUCGCACAAUUGGAAACCUCCAGCUGCACAAACUGGAUGAGCUUGACUGCCUUGUCAAAGGCUUAUUGUAUAUAGACUCUGUCAGCUUCAAUGGCCAGGCAGAGUGCUAUUAUUUUGAAAAUGCCUCAGAUCCUGAGAGAUGCCAAAAGAUGCCUUUUAACCUGGACGAUCCAUACCCAUUGCUGGUUGUUAACAUUGGUUCAGGAGUCAGUAUUUUAUCAGUCCAUUCCAAAGACAACUAUAAAAGAGUAACUGGAACAAGUCUGGGUGGAGGGACCUUUCUUGGUCUGUGCAGUUUGUUGACGGGCUGUGAAAGUUUUGAGGAAGCUCUGGAAAUGGCGUCCAAAGGGGACAGCACACACGCGGACAAGCUGGUUCGAGACAUUUAUGGAGGAGACUAUGAAAGAUUUGGCUUGCCAGGAUGGGCUGUAGCAUCCAGUUUUGGGAAUAUGAUCUACAAAGAAAAGAGAGAGUCUGUUAGUAAAGAAGAUCUUGCAAGAGCCAUAUUGGUCACCAUCACCAAUAACAUUGGGUCUAUUGCCCGGAUGUGUGCAGUAAAUGAGAAAAUAAACAGAGUUGUGUUUGUUGGCAAUUUUUUACGUGUGAAUACUUUGUCGAUGAAGCUUCUUGCGUAUGCACUGGACUACUGGUCGAAAGGCCAGCUGAAGGCCUUGUUCCUGGAACAUGAGGGAUACUUUGGAGCUGUUGGUGCUCUUCUUGGGCUGCCAAAUUUCAGUUGAGAUACCCGACGUCACUACACUGAACUAUUUUCCACCCAAAUGACACUUGUUUAUGGCGAUGGGAACUAAAUCAGGGGAAGGGAGAAGAAAAUAGCAGAUUUUCUGUAACUGUUUUUGAGAAGUGAUUAGCUACUGAAUAUUACCAUUGUAAGAAAGGGGUUUCUGUGUUGGGCAUUGAGAAGUGAACUGUUUGGGGAUAUCGUUUGU